AUGUGUAGUUCAGCUGUUAAUUUCAGUGAAUGCAAGAACUUGAUGUGGAUCUGGACAGUGAUGCCCCAAGGACAAGCAAGAACGGAACUCCUGCAGGUGGGAGGGGACUUGGAGCCACCAACAGGAUGCACCAGUGUCCAUAUUGAAUAUACUACCUACUUCACCACUAACUUGAGAAACCACAUGAGGAGACACACAGGCGAGAAGCCAUACUCUUGCCAAUACUGUGCCUAUAGUGCUAUUACAAAGCAGAGUUUAGAAAGGCAUUUACGCACUCACAACAAAGGUCAAACAUUUGCAUGCCGUUUUUGUCCAUACACAACUGACCAAGAUGUGCUUCUGAAAAGGCAUGUGUCGUGUGUACACUCAGGAGAUAAAUCAUCAACAUGCCCACACUGUUCCUAUCAGGCUGUAGAUAGUGAUGAUUUAAGGAAUCACAUAAUGAUUCACCAUAAUAUUCAAAGUAUAAAUUUAAGGAGUCUUGAUUAUUUCAAGACUGCACCUAGUAGGACAGGCAAAGACCCAUGCUUGUUUGAGAUAGUGGAGAUGAAUCACGAAGGUCAGAGGGAAGCCAGAGGCCCAACCGCAGCCUCUAAGAGAGGACACAAGACUCGCAAGAUGCACCGAUGUAUCUAUUGUCCCUAUGCCAGUCAUUUCAUAACAAAUUACCGGAAACACAUGUCAACCCAUACUGGGGAAAAGCCCUAUGCCUGUCAUUACUGUCCAUAUCGUUCUAAUGCAAGAGAUCACCUCUAUCGUCACAUGCAAAGGCAUACGGAGUCAAGCCCUUCAGAUGUUUCCUUUGCCCUCUCUCAUGUGGCGCUGAACCGAGAUGGUCACAGGAUUGGCAGUGGAGGCGUUGCGGGACUAAUGAAGGCCCCCGUCAACAGGAAGCUCCACAAGUGUUCUCAUUGCCCCUUCACGACCCACUUCUUCGGUGCUGAGGUAAAUGCAGUUCAAUUGUAUGUGAGAGUGAGUGUGCAUGAGAGUAUAUGUAAGAUAGUGGCGAUGGACCACGAUGGUCAGAGGAAAGCAUUCGGAGGAAUCAUGGAAGAGACACAAAAUCCUGUUAAAAGGCGGAGCCACAGUUGCCCCUACUGUACUUACACGACCGAUGUGUCCACAAAUUUACACAAGCACAUCACUACCCACACUGGGGAAAAAGCAUAUGCCUGCCCAUACUGUCCGUACCGGUCAAAUUCCAAGGAUCAUGUAAAGAGACAUACUUUAACCCACACUGGAGAGAAACCUUUUGCUUGUACAAAGUGCCAUUAUCGCUCCACCCAGAAAAGAACUAAUGUCAUGGUGAAAGUUGGGAUACAAUUCCGGAAUAUCUACAUAGUGCUAGAGAUGUAUUUGACUGGUUUUGAUUAUAUCUUUGUCAGAAAUGAAUGUAUCUCUGACCCACUGGUAAGCCUGGUAGAAUGUGUACCACCAAAGCUCCUUCCCCCUGAGUUUCCAGGAUCAUCCAUGAUCAUCAGCAUUUUCAAAAGCAUUGAGAAUGUAGGCUGGGAAAUUAGAGAAGACAGGCAUACCCUACAGAUGAGAUUGGAGAGUGACCGAAAGAGGCCUGGAAGACGAACAGGAGUAGCAGAGCAGAGCCUUACCACCACCACUGCUUCUCCAUCCAAGAUACACCAGUGUUCCUACUGUGCUUACACAACCAAUGUUGCCACUAACUUAAAAAAUCACAUAAGGACUCACACUGGGGAGACACCCUUCAAAUGUAUGCAUUGCUCAUAUUCCUCAACUACAAAACAAAGCUUGAUAUAUCAUGUUCGCACUCAUACUGGUGAAAAACCUUAUGCCUGUCCCCAUUGUUCAUAUCGCUGUACUCAGCUAGGCAGCAUGAAAAGUCAUAUGUUCAAACAUCAUGAAUGGGGCCCAGUUUCUCAAUAAAAAUUCUGUGGUGUGUAAUAGUGUUAUUAAGAUUAGCUUCAGGAUUCACUUUAUGUAGAUUUGUCAUAAUUGUAAAAUCCUAGAUUAUGAAUUACACAUGUUAAUACUGGAGGAGCAUAACAGAAAUAAAGGUGAUUUCUGGCA